AUGGACACCCCCAAGGGCGGCUGGCUUGUGCUCCAACGGCGGCGCGACGGUUCCGUGGACUUUAACAGACUGUGGAACCAGUACCGGUCAGGCUUUGGUGACGUCAGCGGCGAGCACUGGCUGGGCAAUGACAACAUUUUUCUGCUGACCAACCAGGAGCGAUAUCAACUGCGUGUGGAUCUCUGGGAUUUUUCGGGGAAUCGAGUUCAUGCAAUAUAUUCCGAUUUCAAAAUUGACGGCGAGAGAGACGGCUACAAACUCCACAUCUCUGGCUACACCGGCAGCGCCCACGACUCCCUCCACCGGCACAACAACAGAAUGUUCUCCACGCCGGACCGCGACAACGACGUCCGGCGGGAGGCGAACUGCGCCCACGAGUGGGAGGCCGGCUGGUGGUUCGACCACUGCUGGUACGCCCUGCUCAACGGACCUUACCAGAACCACAGCGACGUGUCCUGGAGGGGCUUGGCAUGGAAUGCUUGGAAGAGGGAGCAGCUCAAAGCUUCGGAAAUGAAGAUCAGACCUUUGAAUGAUCCAGUUGCGCCAGAUAGGCUGUAA